AUGGGGCCUCUUGUUGGUUCCCGUAGCCUGGCGUUGCGUCGUCAUGUUUGCAUCAACGCCUUUGCCGCAGCAAUUCCACGACGGGUGAUUUACAGGAACAGCCGACUCUACUCACAGGUAGCCAAGGAUGAGGCAGAAAGCUCGUCAAAGCGCACCAGCUUAUUAGAUCUUUGGCAUAAAUAUGAGGCCAAUGAUGAAUUACUUGGACUCGGAUCAGAGGACGUCUACGUGGGAUUAUUAGGCAAGAGUCGCAAUGUCUCAAAGCACCUCUCAUUCGCAGAUCUCACCACGCCGUCUGGUGAAAUCAUUCAGGUCUGCUCUAGCUCAGAAAGAGACAGUGAAGCCCAUGACGAUUUCCGCCAGGUUCCAGCGUUCAGUCCUGUGCUUAUUCGUAUAAAACAACAAGAGGCUGUAAACGCCGCUGAGCCUACUACCAAUGAAAACUCAUCAAAAAGAACCGUCUACCUUGACAGCAUACGGGCCCUCAACAGCGUUCCGAAAAAUCUCAUAGUAACACCCGAAGUCCAAUUCCCGCCAACCAAGAGACAUCUCCAGAUUCGAUUUCACCCGGAAUUACAAGCCAGACUUCAAUUUAGAUCAUGGCUGAAAGGAAUGCUCAAUCAAGGCUUGCUCCAGAAGGGCUUUACUGAUAUAGAGACGCCGACUCUCUUCAAGUCUACCCCCGAAGGCGCUAGAGAAUUUCUUGUUCCUACUCGACAAAAGGGUACCGCCUAUGCUUUGAGUCAAAGCCCUCAACAGUACAAGCAGGUCCUCAUGGCUAGUGGUAUUAUGCGUUAUAUGCAAUGGGCUCGCUGUUACCGCGACGAGGAUCUCCGCGCCGAUCGGCAACCUGAGUUCUCACAGCUCGAUAUGGAGUGGGCGUUUGCUGGAGCUGAGACUGUGCAAAAAGAUAUCAAUGAUAUCGUCUUAGGAGCAUUAACCGCCCUGCAGCCUGCACAAAGCUACAAGGAAAUUCGAGGAGAGUUUACCAAUCUUACCUUUGCAGAUAGCAUUGCGGCGUAUGGCUCUGACAAGCCAGACUUGCGUAUUCCCUUAAGGAUACACACUCUCCCGGAUCUUGAGCCUUAUCGCAACUUCGUUAGCAUGAUCACUCAUCUGUCUAACCCUCUUAUAGAGGCCUUCACAUUGCCAUUGAACGGCUGCUCUCCCUCGGAUGCGCGCAAAUUUGUUAUUAAGUUUAUGGACGAACUUCCACCUUCUUUGGCAAACAAUCCAGACGGCAAACCUCAAAUUCUCAUCCACGACUCGAGCAAGCCACUGUGCGGGUUCUCUUCGCUGGGCUUCGAAUAUGAGAGCGUUUUGGACUUGGUUUCAGAAAAAGAGGGUCUCCAAGACGGAGACCUUGUUAUCUUCCAGGCCCGCGAGAAGCCUGCUGGACAAUAUUACUCAGGCUCGACUAGAAUUGGAGACGUCCGUAGCAUGCUGUGGAAGGCACUUGUGGACGCAGGUUACAUGGAAACCCCACGACUUGGUGAGCCAGGAUCGCUCCAGUUCGUAUGGGUGACAGAGUUUCCCAUGUUCAAGCCAGUUGAAGAGGGUGAGCCCGGUCAGGAGGGUGCAGCAGGAAUUGCGGCUUCUCACCACCCCUUUACCGCCCCCCUCUCCCAGAAAGACCUAGAGCUGCUCUUUACCGAUCCCCUAGAGGCAAAGAGCGCUGCUUAUGACCUGGUUCUCAAUGGAAUUGAGAUUGGCGGCGGCAGUGUGCGUAACCACAUUGCCGACGUUCAAGAUUUCAUCAUGCGGGAUGUUCUGAAGAUGACCGACAAGAGAAUCAAGGACUUUUCUCAUCUGUUCGAAGCUUUACGCUCAGGAUGUCCUCCUCAUGCCGGCUUUGCGCUCGGAUUUGAUCGCCUUGCGGCCUUGAUGACCGGCACACCGACUGUCCGAGACGUCAUAGCCUUUCCGAAGACGAUGAAGGGAGAAGAUCCGUUCGUUCAGUCACCCAGCAAGCUCAGCAAUGAGCAGCUUGCUCCAUAUGGUCUGCAACUCCGCUCAAAAUCUGCAUAG